AUGGAGACCCUGCUAGUUUACCUGAUGGUCCUUGGCAUGGCUAUAAAAGGCCACAAGGUCCAGGUGUGCCCAAAACGCUGUGUCUGCCAGAUGCUCAACCCCAACCUUGCAACCCUCUGCGACAAGAAGGGCCUCCUCUUCAUCCCGCCCAACAUCGACCGUCACACCGUGGAGAUGCGUCUGGGCGACAACUUCGUCACGAGCAUCAAACAGCGGGACUUCGCCAACAUGACCAAGCUGCAGGACCUGACGUUGUCUCGGAACACCAUCGGCUCCAUCUCACCUCACGCCUUUAAAGAUCUGGAGAACCUUAGAGCCUUGCAUCUGGACAGCAACCGUUUGACGAGGCUCACCAACGACACCUUCAGUGGGAUGUCCAAGCUCCAACAUCUCAUCCUCAACAACAACCAGCUGAUUCACAUCCACAUCGGGGCCUUCAAUGAUCUCACGGCUCUAGAGGAGUUAGAUCUGUCCUACAACAACUUAGAAAGCGCCCCCUGGGUGGCCAUCCAGAGAAUGACCAGCCUCCACACCCUGGGCUUGGACCACAACAUGCUUAGCUACAUCCCUGAGGGAACCUUCUCCGGCCUGCAGAAGCUCAAACGCCUUGACGUCACAUCCAACAAGCUCCAGAAGCUUCCGCCCGACCCAGUGUUCCAACGGGCCGGCGUCUUGGCCACGUCAGGGAGCAUGGGUCCAUCGUCAUUUGCGUUGAGUUUUGGUGGGAACCCACUGAGGUGUAACUGUGAGCUGCUGUGGCUGAGGAGGCUGAGGAGGGAAGAUGAUCUGGAGACAUGUGCGGCUCCGCAGCACCUGGCUGGGCGGUACUUCUGGACCGUGUCUGAAGAAGAGUUCCUCUGUGAGCCCCCUCUCAUCACCAGACACUCCCAGGUAAGGCUGAGAAAAUAGGGUCACAACACAUCAUUGGUAAAUAGUAUUGCGAUAACCCAGUGAAAACAGUAUCAUGAUAACUGACAAAAAAUGCAUUAUCAUGCAUAUCACUGAACACACCUUUUGUUUUAUAGCAUGAUAAUUCAUAGAAUAUUGAUCAAGUCAUCCCUUUCCAAGACAACCGCUUUUAUUGCAAUGAUUGCCUAACAUUGAUUAUCGUGCUAUUGCAAAUCAUGAUAACUGCUUUUAUCGUGAUAAUUCAAUAAUUAUCACAGUAAGUAACAUCGUUUACCCUAACACCAUAUAGGAGCUGCGAGCAUUGGAGGGUCAGAGUGUAGCUCUGCGCUGUAAGGCCAGGGGCGACCCAGACCCCAUCAUCCACUGGAUCGCCCCAGACGGCCGGCUCAUGUCCAACUCCUCCCGGGCUGCGGUGCACAGUGAUGGGACCCUGGACAUCCUCAUCAGCACUGUGAAGGACUCAGGUGGGUGUCAUUGAAAUAAAUGUAUGUUAUGGUGAUUAUGUUAAGUGUUUCUGUUUGUAUGCUGUGGGUUUUAAUAGCCGCUGAGGCUGAUUUUUCAGACCAUUUAAUCAGAAUCAAAAUUAUCCUUUGAUGAACGCUGUUCUCUUGUUACAUUUAGUUUCCCCCUUCAUUUGAAAAUAAAAUAAAUGUUCUUUAUCGCUCCAUCAGGCUCCUUCACCUGUGUUGCCUCCAACCCGGCCGGGGAGGCCCAACAAACUGUUGACCUGGUGAUCGCCAAACUCCCACACAUUACCAACAGUACUGUGGAGAAGGAACCGGACCCAGGUUCUUCUGAUAUCGCCACGGUAACGAGGACGGGUGGUGGUGGGGAAGGCAGAGAAGUGGUGCCACUGGGAAACACAGAGACGAGCCAGGAGAAGAAGGUGGUGAUUGCUGAGGCCACGUCUACCUCCGCCCUGGUCAGGUUCAACUUCCAGAGGAGUAUACCGGGCAUCCGAAUGUUCCAGAUCCAAUACAACGGUACCUACGAUGACUCUCUGGUUUACAGGUGAGCCUUGGCUUAUAUAGGCAGUGGCGUGUAUUAAUGGAUGCCAAGGGAAGCCAGGCUUCCCCAAAAAAAAUUACCAAGAAGAAAGACAAUAAUUUAUCUUUCAUCUCUCUGUUUCAUAAUUUUCCUUCAAUUCGCAAGAGGCUUAAUGUAUCUCACCAGAGAAAAAGCAUCUGAGUGAGCGAAACAGGGCCCCUCUGUCUCAGUAUGUGUAGGCCAUCUAUCUGAUUCUGUCUGUUCAAAAAGAAUAUUACAUUGUUGCCGCCCGUAGCAUUGAAUGCAAGGAAAGCCAGUGAACAUUUGGCCAAUCAAUGUUGAGCUGAACUGAGUGAGCUCAACUGUGAAUGGUCCUGGCGCACCCAAAAAAAAGUGUAAAGGGAAGCCAGUUUGGAUUUGGCUUCACACCAAUCACAAGCCAAACAUCAUUAACAGAAAAAACUUGAAUUGUUGCAUCUCAUUGUGUCGUUGUCCUUCGGUGGCUAGCUAGCUACAGUGGGGAAAAAAAGUAUUUAGUCAGCCACCAAUUGUGCAAGUUCUCCCACUUAAAAAGAUGAGAGAGGCCUGUAAUUUUCAUCAUAGGUACACAUCAACUAUGACAGACAAAAUGAGGGAAAAAAAUCCAGAAAAUCACAUUGUAGGAUUUUUUAUGAAUUUAUUUGCAAAUUAUGGUGGAAAAUAAGUAUUUGGUCACCUACAAACAAGCAAGAUUUCUGGCUCUCACAGACCUGUAACUUCUUUAAGAGGCUCCUCUAUCCUCCACUCGUUACCUGUAUUAAUGGCACCUGUUUGAACUUGUUAUCAGUAUAAAAGACACCUGUCCACAACCUCAAACAGUCACACUCCAAACUCCACUAUGGCCAAGACCAAAGAGCUGUCAAAGCACACCAGAAACAAAAUUGUAGACCUGCACCAGGCUGGAAAGACUGAAUCUGCAAUAGGUAAGCAGCUUGGUUUGAAGAAAUCAACUGUGGGAGCAAUUAUUAGGAAAUGGAAGACAUACAAGACCACUGAUAAUCUCCCUCGAUCUGGGGCUCCACGCAAGAUCUCAUCCCGUGGGGUCAAAAUUAUCACAAGAACGGUGAGCAAAAAUCCCAGAACCACACGGGGGAACCUAGUGAAUGACCUGCAGAGAGCUGGGACCAAAGUAACAAAGCCUACCAUCAGUAACACACUACGCCGCCAGGGACUUAAAUCCUGCAGUGCCAGACGUGUCCCAUUGCUUAAGCCAGUACAUGUCCAGGUCCGUCUGAAGUUUGCUAGAGUGCAUUUGGAUGAUCCAGAAGAGGAUUGGGAGAAUGUCAUAUGGUCAGAUGAAACCAAAAUAGAACUUUUUGGUAAAAACUCAACUCGUCGUGUUUGGAGGACAAAGAAUGCUGAGUUGCAUCCAAAGAACACCAUACCUAUUGUGAAGCAUGGGGGUGGAAACAUCAUGUUUUGGGGCUGUUUUUCUGCAAAGGGACCAGGACGACUGAUCCGUGUAAAGGAAAGAAUGAAUGGGGCCAUGUAUCGUGAGAUUUUGAGUGAAAACCUCCUUCCAUCAGCAAGGGCAUUGAAGAUGAAACGUGGCUGGGUCUUUCAGCAUGAUAAUGAUCCCAAACACACCGCCCGGGCAACAAAGGAGUGGCUUCGUAAGAAGCAUUUCAAGCUCCUGGAGUGGCCUAGCCAAUCUCCAGAUCUCAACCCCAUAGAAAAUCUUUGGAGGGAGUUGAAAGUCUGUGUUGCCCAGCGACAGCCCCAAAACAUCAUUGCUCUAGAGGAGAUCUGCAUGGAGGAAUGGGCCAAAAUACCAGCAACAGUGUGUGAAAACCUUGUGAAGACUUACAGAAAACGUUUGACCUGUGUCAUUGCCAACAAAGGGUAUAUAACAAAGUAUUGAGAAACUUUUGUUAUUGACCAAAUACUUAUUUUCCACCAUAAUUUGCAAAUAAAUUCAUUAAAAAUCCUACAAUGUGAUUUUCAGGAUUUUUUUUCCUCAUUUUGUCUGUCAUAGUUGACGUGUACCUAUGAUGAAAAUUACAGGCCUCUCUCAUCUUUUUAAGUGGGAGAACUUGCACAAUUGGUGGCUGACUAAAUACUUUUUUUCCCCACUGUAGCUAAAAUCGCCCCUUUCCUAAAUUGGAUGGAGAUAGGGAUUUGGCUGUGGUUUUACUUAAUUCUCCAUACUGGCCAUAACGGCAAUUCUGAUCUAACCAUAAAUUCAUACAUUGUCAUAUUUAGCUUAUGUUGAUUCAACAAAAUUAUUUAGGGUAUCUUAGUUGUCACUGUAUUAGACUAAGCAUAGGUGAUUUGAUGAUGUUGAAAUAUUGAAGUUGAAAUGGUGCUGGAAUAGUGGAGGCAGCUCCUGUUUUCUUUGCAACUUGCGGUAACUCUCUGUGGUUCUAAAUCAAUAGUUGUUUAGUAGUCCGAGUUCUUGAUGAUUGAUAUUGAUGCCUCAUUUCAACUCUCAGAACCAGGCAGAAUGAGAACUAACAAGAACCAGGCACGAUGGUCUUUUGUAUUAGUUCCUGAUUGGUGUUGAUCGGCUGUUAUGUUGUUUAAAAUGAAUGUCAAAUGUGCAAAUUCUCAUGAAUGAUGAGUUAUUUCUCUAAUCGUGCAAAGUAAUUCAUUUACUGACAUUCUUAUUCAGUGACUUACAAAGUCACCUUGGUAACAGUGUGUUGGCAGCAGUACGUAUAAAGUACACACAACAUGUACACCCAUGAUAAUACCUAAUCAACAGAAUGAAAACAAAAUGUCAGCACUGAGCUGUAGGGCAAAGCCGAGAUGAAAGAGAAAGCAGUAUGUUACAAAAAGCUUCAGAAGAUCUUUCAGGCCUCUUCUGAGGAACUAGUCUACACAAGACUCUUUCAUCUGGAGACCCUUUCACUCCAUAUUUCAAGCUUAUAUUCAUGAUACGAUAUGACCAUUUAGCACACACUGUUAAAUUCCAGUCCUGGAGGGCUGAAACAUUUCUGGUUUUUGUUUCUACCUGGUAGUUAAUUGAGCUCACCUGGUGUUCUAGGUCUGAAUCAGUUCCUUAUUAGAAGGAAAGAAUGAAAACCAGAAGUGUUUUGGCCCUCCAGGACUGACAUUGAACAGGCCUGGUCUACACAUACUCUACAUACAUUGUGUUUAUGAGGUCCAUUUGUGAAUCAAAAACACACACCUCUGGUCUUUCAAGCAUACAGCACCAUGGCCCAACAACUGAGCCAUUGGACUUAUUGUGACUGCCUCUUCUGAGAAAUGGGUGUGCAUAUAAUCUUUCAUCUUUCAUGCUUCCCGACUUCUCACUGGGUGUUUUUGUGUCUCAGGGGCUUGGGUAAAAAUUAAAAAGACAAAUCUCAGUUUCCAGUAUUUAAAUUAAGUAUUUUUCAUCUUUCACCCCUUUCACAAAACAUUAGCAAUUCAACUUUUUAUUUAUUUUGCCAUUGGAAUCAUUGUGAUUCUGUUACUCCAUUACAAGUCCAUCCGAGACAUAACAUUCUCUCAUCUCUGAACACUUAUAAUUGGUCUGCAAUCGCUCUAGUAUGCUCUCACCUCUUUCAUUAUACACUAUCUCUCUCUCUCUCUGUCUGUUUUCAGAAUGAUCCCUCCGAGCAGUAAGAGUAUCCUGGUGAACAACCUGGCUGCCGGUACACAGUACGACCUGUGUGUGCUGGCCAUCUACGACGACCUGGUGACCUCCCUGACCGCCACGCGGGUGGUGGGGUGCAUUCGCUUCACCACCGAUCCCCAGUACCUCCACUGCCACUUCAUGCAGUCCCAGUUCCUGGGAGGGACCAUAGUGGUCAUCAUCGGAGGGAUCAUUGUGGCGUCCGUCUUAGCCUUCAUCAUCUUCCUCAUCGUGAGGUACCGAGUCUGUAACCAAGGCGAUGAGGAUAAGGUAGGAGUAUUGAGUAUUGCUCUUUUCUUUGUUGCUACUGUCUCUGGACUGUUGUUAUUGGACAUCUUAUGAUGAAUGUUGAGGUCAUUUCUCCCUGGGGGAUCAAUAAAAUCUCUCUCUUUCAUAAGGCUUUGGAAAUGGGUGAGAUCCGGUCUCUGAGCAGUGAUGGUCAGCUCCAGGGCUGCGGCGUCCCCAAGUCCAUUUCCAAGUCUCUGUCCAAGCAGAUUCUCAGUCCGGAGAAACCAGAGAAGGAGGAUAAGGAGUGUCUGAGGGUGGGCCUUCCUCCCCCUGAGCCAGUCAAGCAGCAGCGACCCCCAGCCCCGACCACCACCACAUCCAACAAGCCCUCCAUUCCCGACUGCACCGUCUCUACCUCCGCAGCCAGCCACCCCUGGCACCCUGCCUCCCCGGGCACCCUGAGGCCAAAACGGGCCAGUGGCGGUAUGAAACUGGGAGAAGCCUGCCGAACCGAAGGCCAGACAGAUGUGGAGUUAGAGAACACAAACCGGAAUAACUCAGCGGAAGCUAAAAUGGCUGUGGCUGUUUCUGCCCUUUCCACAAAAUGGACGAAGGUCGCUAGGGGGCCAAGCCCCCCUGGAGCCUCCUCCCUCCAUUACAUGACAGUGCCAGCAGGGGGCGUGAGGGUGAACCGGCGGCACUCUUUGAACGUGGACUCAUACAAAGAGUGCUGCUACGUCAGCCUGGUACAGCAGCAGCAGCCAAAGCCUGGUGGGGGUUUGCGCUCCAAACGCAGUCUGUCCAUGAGCGGAGAACUGCCCCAGUUGGAAAGUGCAAUGGCAAACAUACGCAGAGGCAGAGACAAGCUGUCCCGAUCCGAGAGGCUUCUCGAAAGCACUCUAUGAUCGGGAUUUUACAGGUUUAUAGGGUUUUUGUUUUAUUGGAUUGGAUUUGUGGGCGGUGGUGGAGCAGACAGUGACUAUAUGCCUUGUUCAGAGAGUUACUGUGGUCUUUUGUCUGCAAGACCCACAGAUUCCUCUCAUAUUUCUGAAGACAAGGCAGCCGAACAGGGUUUUAAAGGGCAAAUGUUUCACAUUUGUUUUUCUACCUUAAAGCAAAUAUCCUCUCAAAGUCAUCUUUAUAUUGACUGGAUAAAACUGACGAAAGGCACCAAAAAAUGUAUAAAGCAACUUCAUGUAAAAAUGGUUAAGUUGUGUAACAUAUAACGCUAUACACCCGUAAGUGUCCACAUGGUACUGAAUGCAGUUGGAAGUCUAGCAUUAUUUAGAGAGAGAGAGGGAGAGAAAGUUUGGAUGAUCAUACUAGUUAUAACAUUGCCUGUUACUUAAAGUGAUUACAAUCACUGGGUAGACAAUGAAUGGACAUAUUUCUUGUCAUCAGUUUUCCAGACGGCUGAUGACAUGUCUUAAUCAACUCGGUGGCAUUUGGAGGGAUGUGAAUGUGCAGAACACCCCAGACAGAAGUGUAGAACAGAGUGUACCCAGGCUGUGUCUGACAUAGCACCCUAUU